CGGCUGCAGCAGCACUUGCCGGCUCCAGUCAGUAGCUCGCAGCAGUCAGGUCCCAUCCUUGUAACCACCAUGGAUGUCUUCAAGAAAGGUUUUUCCAUUGCCAAGGAAGGUGUGGUGGGUGCCGUGGAAAAGACCAAGCAGGGAGUGACAGAGGCAGCCGAGAAGACCAAGGAGGGGGUCAUGUAUGUGGGUGAUGGAGUGGGCGGGGGCUGAGUCCAGCCCUAAUCCUCUGCAGUGGCUGAGAAGACCAAGGAGCAGGCCAAUGCUGUCAGCGAAGCUGUGGUCAACAGUGUCAACACAGUGGCCACCAAGACCGUGGAGGAGGCAGAAAAUAUUGUGGUCACCACCGGGGUGGUACGCAAGGAAGACUUGGAACAACCUGCUCCUGCACAGGACCAGGAGGCCAAAGAGCAAGAGAAGGAUGAAGAGGCCAAGAGUGGAGGAGACUAGGAUGCUGCCAUCAGCCACAGAGGCCAAAGGGACACCCUUCUGCCUUGGACCCUGUUCCUACCUGGCACAAUAAGUGCCCUGCCUAGAGUGUCCUGCAGGUUGUCUAUGUUCUCUGCUCCCCAGCCUGGUGCCACAAGCCUGUCCACACACGCUGCUGCCAGUGCCAGCGCCCCCUGCUGGCUCCUUUUGCCCUAUGGUCCUUAGGAUCCCACAGACCAGAUG